CAGCUCGUGAGCGUGCUCGUGCCUGUUCAGUUGGUCUGCGACCGUUGACGUGUUUGCAAGCGUGUUAUCGUUCUCUACGUCGGCCCGUUACGUUUUCUCGUCGUUUACGUCGGCACCACAAGCAGCAGAAACAGCAGCAGCAGCAGCGGUACCGUUUACCCCGUGCAUAAUAACAACAAUUUACCAUAAAGCUCAAAUCGCGUCGGCAAAAAUAAUUCAACGCGCGCUCAAAGCAAAUUCAAAAGAAAUCUUCUACCCCACAGUGCGUAUGAUAUAUACAUAUAUCAAAAUAACACAAACAAAUUGGCCAAAUAGAGGCCACUCACAGUGUGACUAAGCAAAAAAAAGUGUGCAAAAAAUAGUGUGUGAUAUUCGUAAAGAAAAUGUGUUGAAAAUCGAUCUAAUAUUAUCUCCCAAUUCAAAAUCAACUAAAGAAAGAGAUAGAGGAAGAGCGCGAGGAAGUUAGAUAGAUAGAAAGAGAGGGAGAGAGAAAGAUAGUGUCAAAGCUUGAUCUAGGAGAGAAUUCUCCACAUUCUUGGAUUCCUGUCUAAACCCGUGCUAAACAAAAACAUUCAAAAUUAUACUCGAAAUGGAUAUGACCUCAACCGCGGAGGCUGCCGCACGCAGCUGGUACGAUAGUCCGCGCUUAGGAGGAGGCGGCGGCGGCGGCGGCGGCGGCGGUGGAUCACCACAUCAAUCCAAUGGGUUGGGCAGUGCCGGUAGCAGUUUGGCCCACAGUCAUCACAGCCUUUCCAGCGGCGCCUCAUCAGCGGGCAGCAGUGUGGGCGGCACUGGCCUUGGCGGAGGUGCUGGAGGCGCCGGCCUGGGACUGGAUACUAGCGAUAUGAGUGCAUUCUAUGCCCUGGAAAGCAAUGGCCAUCAUCGCAGAUAUUAUCCAAGCUAUCAUCAGCACACAUCCCGCAUGCCCUCCUCACAUGCCACGCCCCAAGUGUGCCGACCUCACUUUCAUACACCGCUCAGUCCAUGGCUAACCAGUGAGCAUAAAUCGUUUGCACCCGCCAGCGCCUGGAGCAUGGGACAAUUUGCCUGCCCGCAGGAGCCGCAGGUGGAGCACAAAUUGGGCCAGGUGGGCCAAAGUCAUCAGACAACAGCGGCGGGCCAGCAUUCGUUUCCAUUCCCACCGACACCGCCAAAGGAUUCAACGCCAGAUUCAGUACAAACCGGUCCAUCGGAAUAUCAGGCGGUAAUGAACGCCUUUAUGCAUCAACAGGCCACAGGCUCUACCUCACUAUCAGACGCCAGUUGUGCGCUGGAUAUCAAACCCUCAAUACAAAACGGGGUGGGAGGCAGCUCAACAUCUUCGGCCCACACAUCCAGCGGACCCAAUCAAACAUCAACGCCAAAGCAGCGCGAAGGUACGACAAACCAGAAUAAUCCUAGUUCCAACAACACAGCCACCAGCAACAGCAACAGCAACAACAACAACACUGCCAGCCACCAACAGCAGCAACAACAGCAACAGCAGCAGCAGCAGCAACAACCAAACACAAAUAGCAAUGCCUCCUCCGCCUCCGCAUCCACCUCCGGCUCAGCAUCGGCCACCUCGAAUGGCCUGUUCGAUGGCACGGCUCAGGCCCACUAUGCGGCGAAUAAUGCAGGAAACGGCAGCAGCGGUUAUGAUAGCAGCAGUUAUGCCUCCUAUCACCAUGCGGCCGCACAUCAUCAGGCGGCUGUGGCAGCGGCCAAUAUGUUUCAAAGUUCCUCGGUGGCAGCGGCCGCUGUGCGGCAUAGCAUGGGUGCAGCGGCAGCCGCGGCGGCCCAUCACCAUCAUCAUCAUCACCAUCACAGCAGUCACAGUGGUAGCCAUCAUCAGUCCUCCUCAAACUCAAGUGGCAUGCUCGGUGGCGGCAGUGGAGGCGGUGGCGGUGGCAGCGGCAGCGGCCUUGGCGGAGGCAUUGGCAGCCUUGGCGGCAUGGCCGGCCUAGGCGGUUGCAGUGGCAAUUCCGAUGGCAAAUCUGGCAGCGGCAGCAGUGUUGCUGGUGGUCUUGAUGUCAAACCCGUGCGAACGAAACCCCGGACAAGUGCUGAGGGUCGCGAGUGCGUGAAUUGCGGUGCCACCUCAACGCCAUUAUGGCGGCGCGAUGGCACUGGGCAUUAUCUAUGCAAUGCCUGUGGCUUAUACUACAAAAUGAAUGGUCAGAAUCGACCACUGAUUAAGCCAAAGCGAAGACUGACACUACAGUCAUUGCAAAGUGCGGCCAAAAGGGCUGGCACAUCCUGCGCCAAUUGCAAAACCACAACCACAACCCUUUGGCGGCGGAACGCCAGCGGUGAACCAGUGUGCAAUGCCUGCGGAUUGUACUACAAGCUGCAUAAUGUCAAUCGUCCACUGACAAUGAAAAAGGAGGGCAUCCAGACGCGUAAUCGCAAACUCAGCUCAAAAUCAAAGAAGAAAAAGGGUUUGGGCGGCGGUUGUCUACCUAUUGGCGGUCAUUUGGGCAUGGGUGACUUUAAACCAUUGGAUCCAUCGAAGGGUUUUGGUGGCGGCUUCUCGGCCUCAAUGGCGCAACAUGGACACCUUUCCAGUGGUCUGCAUCCGGCGCAUGCGCAUAUGCAUGGCAGCUGGUAUACCGGCGGCAUGGGCGCUCUGGGCGCUUCGUCUGGUCUGCAAGGAGGCUUCUCCAGUGGCUCAUUGGGUGGAGCAGUUGUUCCUCACUCACAGCCCUAUCACUUGGGUCUCGGUUCAAUGGGUACUUGGCGUACAGAUUACACGUGAUGGAGUGGGAACAAUUUGAACAACAAUUUGUUCAGCUAGAGUCAAGACAUCGGGCAACGGCUUUGCGACAGCGGAUUUAUGUCCGAUUUAUGGACAGAAUGAAUUGAUUUGAACAACCGAGAAACCACAAGAACAAGAAGAAGAAGACGAAAAAAGAAAGAAAGAAACAAACAAACAACAAACACAAUGCCAAACUGAGGACUUUUCUAUUAUUGUACUCGUACAUAUUUUGGCCAGCCAUUGACACAGCCAGCCAAAGCCGGGCCUUACGGACAUGGGAUAUGGGGGAGCUGGUCAAAAUGCUGGCUAAUUCCUAAUUGUAAACAUUGCGUGCAAUUUUUAAUUAUUUAAGUCGUCGUCGUCCGACGGCGUCAGCAGC